AAAUUCAUUUGGUGAGGCACGACUUUCGUCUGAUCUCGUUACGCUAUCACUUACCUAGUCCGGUGCUCGGAAUUUGCCCUGUAAUCAAUCGCUCCCCUCUCUUCACUCGGCCACUGGCCAAUUUCGUCCGCCGCGGCCCGUCGAAACAAACGACCACUUCCUCAACGUCACCGCCCGCCGCCGCUAAGUGAUCACAUGGACCGCCAAGCAUCAACCUGCCAUGUGGUGGCGAUGCCUUUUCCCGCGCGAGGGCACAUCAACCCCGCGAUGAACCUGUGCAAGAUCCUAGCCUCACGAGCCCCGCACGUCGCCAUCACCUUCGUCCUCACCGAGGAGUGGCUCGGCCUCAUCGGCUGUGACCAGAAGCCAAGCAACAUAUCCUUCGCUGCCAUCCCCAACGUGCUCCCGUCCGAGCGGGUCCGGGCUCAGCACUUCUCCGAGUUCGCCGAGGCCGUCUUCACGAAGAUGGAAGCCCCGUUUGAGGAGGUGCUCGACCAGCUCCGCCCUCCGCCGACCCUCAUUGUGGCCGACAUGUUCCUGCCCUGGCUGGUCCGCGUUGGGAACCGGAGGGACAUUCAGGUGGCCUUGUUUUCGCCUACUGCGGCCUCAAACUUCUCCUUCUUCUACCACCUCCAACUUCUUGAGCAGAAUGGCCAUUUACCUCAGAAUUUGUCAGAAAAGGGUGAUGAGAUGGUGGAUUACAUUCCUGGGAUUCUUCCAAUACGUUUGACGGACUUGGUUCGUGGAAGGAGCGAACAGAUGAUGAAGAGACUGCGCUUACUAGUCGAUUGGGUCCAUCGAGCACAGUACCUGUUGCUUUCUUCUGUGUACGAGAUCGAAUCUCAGACUGUCAAUGCUCUGAAACCGAGCCUGUCGUUUCCUAUCUACACCGUCGGUCCAUCCAUCCCGUACUUUGAGCUCGAAGACAAUCCUCGCAUGAACAGCGACUCGGAUUACAUAAUAAAGUGGCUGGACCUCCAGCCAGGUAGCUCUGUAUUGUACCUGUCCCUAGGCAGCUUCCUUUCGGUCUCGAGCUCCAAAAUGGAUGAGAUUGCAGCGGGGUUGCGCAAUAGUAAUGUCCGGUUCUUGUGGGUGGCGCGCGACGAGGCUUCUAGGCUGAAGGAGCUGUUGCCCGGGGGGGACAUGGCAAUCGUGGUGCCGUGGUGCGACCAGUUGAGGGCAUUGACGCAUCCCUCGGUCGGGGGGUUCUGGACCCACUGCGGAUGGAACUCGAUCCAGGAGGGCGUCUACGCGGGGCUUCCGUUCCUGGCGUACCCGAUAGCCAUGGACCAAGGUUACAAUUGCAAAAUCGUCGUGGACAAUUGGAAGGUUGGGUGGAGUGUUGGCGAGGGUGACAUUGCUGGGCUAGUGCGCAAGUUCAUGGAUUUGGGCGACAGUGAGAGCAAAGAACUGAGGAGGAGGGCCGGACACCUUCAGGAGUUAUGCCGCCACGCGAUCAGACCGGAGGGAUCGUCCGGGACCAAUAUCAGCGCCUUCAUUAGGGACAUUUCGCGCGGUGCAGCGAACAAUUAGGACAUUAAUUUGUACUCCAUUCUCUCGUUGAACAUUGCCAGGGUUCUUGUUCGCUGUCAAUUUUGCGAGGGUGAAUGCUUACUACUAUACGAGUAUCCCACCCUUUAAUUUUUGCUUCUCUCAUGAUUUUGGCGAUAGAAUGUGCUUGUCCGAUCAUGCAUUCCAGUCUCCUCGAAGUAAAAUACAUGACUGUGAAGAGUAAUAUCUG